AUGGUCUCCUUCUCACUCACAACUGUCGCCUCCGUCCUACCACUCCUCCUUUCCAGCCUCAGCCUCAGCCUCGGCCUUGUGGGCGCCACACCCAUCAGCGCACGACAAUCUUCGGCAUCCGUGUCGGUGACGUUCAUCGGCGCCGCCGACGGCCAAUAUACCCUAGACGUGCCACUGGACAGUGUCUUCACGCCGACCAACAACGCCCUGAGUGUCAGCCACAUCAGCACCGUGGGCGCCGGGCCGUGCGUCUUCUUCGGCGUCGACGGCGCCGUCUACGUGUCUCCCCCGGCCGGCGGGGAGGGCGACGUCGGCCCGCCGCAGACCAUUGCGGGCGGCAUAUGUGGUCCCUUCCCGGGUCAUCAGUACGGCAUGUGGUGA